AUGCAGCCAGUAUCAUUUAUUUCAUCAUACCAAAAACUCCAAGGGCAUUCUAUGAUAGCACCAACGACAGCAGAUUUAUUAUCUUCUCUUUCUAAAGCUAUAUAUUUAGAAAUUAAAGAAUUCAGCCAAAAUUUUAACAAAAUGAUAGACACUUAUCCAAUAGCUGCAACUGAAUAUUUUUCUGCCCAAGACAUACCCAGACAGUAUCAGGAUACAAAUGAAGAACUUUUGACAAACCAAGAAGAAAUUUCAGAAUUUCUGCAACUCAUCGAUAAGAGAUUUAAAUUCAGUCCUGAGGUAACCAUAUUGACUUUGGCCUAUAUUAAAAAACUUUCUAUAUCUUCAAAGAUCCCGAUUACAAAUAAUAAUUGGAAGAAUAUUUCAUUACUCCCCCCCUCCGUGAGUGAACAAAACCAUUAGAAAAAUCCCUAUUUUUUGCCCAAAAACCCACCCCCCGUGAGCGAACAAAAUUUUUUUAAUAGAAAAAUUUUUUAUGGAAAAAAAAUUUGAUAUAUAAGUGAUAAUUAGUAUAGCGAAAUCUCGAGCUAAUUCUGCUUAAUUUUAAACAAAUUGCGUUUUAAAAACAUAAAUUUUACAAAUUAAAUUAAUAUUUGCUUUCCAAUUUUGCGAAAGGGGAUGUUUUUUAAAACAAAUUAACCCCCUCCUUAAGCGAACAAAAUUUUUUUGUUCACUCACGGAGGGGGGGAGUUAGUAUCUGUGCUAAUUUCACAGCGAGUUUCAGACAAUCCGCUUAUUUCAGCUUCGUGUAUUGCUAGCCUUUUUCCAAAUUUUACUUUGGAGAGCAUAAAAUUUAUGGAGACUGAGUAUUUGAAUUUGAUUCAUUACGACUAUAAUAUUGAUCAAAAUGAUUAUAUUAAUCAUAUGGGCCACCUUCAAGAUAUUUCAAAAUCAUAUCAAUGGAUUUCAUGAAGACUGGACAACGAGAAAUUGGAAAAUAUUAUUGAGAGAAUGUCAUGGCUUUCUCAAGGAAUGGCUAAUUUCGAUAAUGGGAUUGUUCGGUCUAAAAGAAUCACCGCAAUUAAUUUAAACGAAAUUGAAUUUUAA